GACGGCGCCCCUUCCCAAUUCUCGCGAGACUUCAAGUAACUCAGCUUCUGCGCACUACAAGCUACUGGGAGUCGAGGCGCCAAGGAAGGGGGAGGGGAAGGGGGAGACGGUGCAAACGGCGUGGCCGCCAUCUUGUUUGUGCCCCCGCUUAGCGCGCGCUCCGUUCUCCGUGACGCACGCUUCCCCCUCCCCUCCGCCCUGCUCGGGCCUCUGCACUGCCCAACACCGCAGGAGCGCGGGGGCGGCUCCAGUUCUUUCCCGGACUCCAGAGCAGAGUUGUCAGAAUGUCUACAGAAGGAGGAUUUGGUGGUACUAGCAGCAGUGAUGCUCAGCAAAGCCUACAGUCUUUCUGGCCUCGUGUCAUGGAAGAAAUCCGGAAUUUAACAGUGAAAGAUUUCCGAGUACAGGAACUUCCACUGGCUCGUAUUAAGAAGAUUAUGAAACUGGAUGAAGAUGUGAAGAUGAUCAGUGCAGAAGCUCCAGUGCUGUUUGCCAAGGCAGCCCAAAUUUUUAUUACGGAGUUGACUCUUCGAGCCUGGAUUCACACAGAGGAUAACAAGCGCCGGACUCUACAGAGGAAUGAUAUCGCCAUGGCAAUUACAAAAUUUGAUCAGUUUGAUUUUCUCAUCGAUAUUGUUCCAAGAGAUGAACUGAAACCUCCAAAGCGUCAGGAGGAGGUACGCCAGUCUGUGACUCCUGCUGAGCCUGUCCAGUAUUACUUCACGCUGGCUCAGCAGCCCACUGCCGUUCAAGUCCAGGGACAACAGCAAGGCCAGCAGACCACCAGCUCCACAACCACCAUUCAACCUGGGCAGAUCAUCAUCGCGCAGCCUCAACAGGGCCAGACCACACCCGUGACAAUGCAGGUUGGAGAAGGUCAGCAGGUGCAGAUUGUCCAGGCGCAACCACAGGGUCAAACCCAGCAGGCCCAGAGUGGCACUGGGCAGACCAUGCAAGUAAUGCAACAGAUCAUCACGAACACAGGAGAGAUCCAGCAGAUCCCGGUACAGCUGAAUGCUGGCCAGCUGCAGUAUAUUCGCUUAGCCCAGCCUGUAUCAGGCACCCAAGUUGUACAGGGACAGAUCCAGACACUUGCCACCAAUGCCCAACAGAUCACGCAGACAGAGGUCCAACAAGGACAGCAACAGUUCAGCCAGUUCACAGAUGGACAGCAGCUCUACCAGAUCCAGCAAGUCACCAUGCCUGCAGGCCAGGACCUUGCCCAGCCCAUGUUCAUCCAGUCAGCUAACCAGCCAGCCGAUGGGCAGGCCCCCCAGGUGACCGGCGACUGAAGGCCUGACUGGGAAGGCCAAGGACACCCAACACAAUUUUUGCCAUACAACCCCAGGCGAUGGGCACAGCCUCCCUCCCCAGAGGACCCGGGCCGACCUCAGCGCCUCCUGCAGGCUAGGACACUGGUGCACUUGCCCCAUGCCUGGGGGCUGAGAUUCUCCAACAGAAAGAUGCAAUAUUUUUUAUUUCCUUUUUCCCAUUCUCUUCCUCCCCCCACCCCCACCCCAAGGAAUCAAUAUUUCAGUUUGUUGAGCUGUGUGUCCAAUGCUAUGAAAUGAACAUAUUAAAUAACAUAUUUAUGGCAUUUUCUUGAAGAGUGGUUGAGGAAAUGUUUCUUCUUUUCGUUUUGUUUUUGGUUCUCACCGCUACUUCCUUUUAGGAGCAAAUCUCCCCAGAGCUAUGUGUUGCCAUCUCCUGACUCUGGGAACAGCUGCUGCCCCCAGGAUUCGCUACCUUGCUCUGCCCUCAGAUUAAAUUAGGUGUAUGUGUGUACCUGCUUUUUGACUCAUGGCCCUCUCUGCACCCCUGCUCUCACCCCAGGACUCUGUAUAUUUGCAUCCAGAGGCCAUGGAAACAUUCCUUAAACUUAAAAGAUGAACUCAUUCCCCAUGGGGAGUGAAUGGUUUCAUUCCCAAACCCUUUCUCUCCCAGGGACCCAAGGAGACUAGAACUUUGAGCAUUUGCCCAUUUCUUCCUCUCCCACCCGGUUUUUAUUUUUUCAAUGCAUUAUAAAUUGUGCUAGUCUCCUUUGCUGCAUGGACUUCAAACUGCAUGAAAUGCAAUAAACCUCAUUUUAGAUAA